GGUGGUGAUGCGGCUAUUCCUGCCGAUCUUCGCGUUGCGGGGGCUCCUCCGUGUGAUCUCGGUGGUGCUGGGGAUCUUCAGGGCGCUGGAUGGCAUCGUGACGAUCUUCAUGGUGCUGGAGCUCUUCCUCCUGCCGAUCUUCAUAGUGCUGGACAUAUUCCUGCCAUACUUCGUGGUGCUAGGGAUGUUCAUGGGGCUGCGGAUCUUAGCUCUGGGGGUGAUGCGGACCUUCCUUCCGAUUUUCGUGGCGCGAGGGACAGCCUUCCGACCGAUCUUCGCGGUGCUGGUGUUCUUUCCGCUGGUCCCCGUGGUGCUAGGGCUCUUGGAGGCGCUGUGGGUCUUCCUGCCGAUUUUCGUGAUGCUGGAGGCCUUUUUCCUGCUGGUCGUCGUGGUGGUGGGGAUACUCCGGGUGAUCUCCGUGGUGUUGGGGGUCUUCGGCGCAUUGAGGAUCUUCCUGCCGAUCUACGCGGUGCUGAGGAUCUUCGUGGUGAUUGUCGGGGUGGUGCCGACUUUCCUGCUGAUCUUCAGGUUGACG